UUUACUAGCCUGUCAAUAUGAGAGGGGCUCAGAGGUUACAAGAGGAGGAUAUGCUUGAGAAUUAAAAGUCAACAUCACUGGUAUAAAUUUAACUGGAUUGCUUCAGCCUGGGCCCAAAGGACAUUGUCUAGAGAAUCUUAAAUGCUGGUGGUUUAUCUUGGGACAGCAAACCAAAGGGCGAUAACAAGUCUGUAGUAUGACUUAAGGUCAUACCAUAACUUUAACGACAAUGAGGACUUUAUCUUUGAAACUCACCUCAGACACUUUUGUGCUGUGUGUCUUCCUGAGUCUGCUUUGGUGUGUCACUGAGUCGAUACCCACAUCAAAAACAGAUAUGACAACAACCACCCAGUCACCAACCACCCAGUCACCAACCACUUCACCAACAACGUCAGUAGCUGAAGAUGUCUCUGUGAUGGUGACAAAGCAAAACGAGACCACAAUAAUGGUGUCGCUGGAGAACAAGGCAGUUACUGAGUCCAACACAUCACAGGCAAUGACAACAGAUACAGAAACAUCAACAACACCACCAACAACAACAACAACAGCAACUACAACCACGCAGGCACCAACAACAAAACAACGUAACUCACCUCCAAAUGUUGGCGCAGUGAGUGUGAAAACGCAAAAUGAGACCAGUGUGACGCUGGAAUGGAAAAAGGUCGAGAACAUCCAAGAAUACAUGUUACACUAUAAUUCCAGUGACAGUUUGAAGAUAGAAUGGAUCCCUCAACCUGAUGAAAAUACGGUUACACAUGUGGUCACUGAACUUUCUCCUGGGAACAAAUAUGAUUUCAUUCUCUUCACUGUGUCUGAAGGACUCAACAGCACUGGACUGACAUUCACAGCUGCCACCGCUCCUAUGAAUGCAGAGAAUUUCAUGUCAAAUGGACAAAAUGAGACCAGUAUAACUUUGACGUGGAACAAAGUGCCAGAUUUCCUCGACUACACACUUGUGUUCGAUGACAUGACCAUAAACAUCACUGCACAAGAGGGAGACAAAACAGUGACAUAUGAUGUGCCAAAUCUUACAAGUGGGAUUCUGUAUAAAUUCACUCUUUUCACUGUGUUUGAAAAUGUGAGAAGCAGUGGCACAAUCCACAGCGCACCCACCGCUCCUCAGAAUACAAACAACUUUAAAGCUUUCACACAAACUGAGACCAGUAUAACUCUGAUAUGGGAUAAGGUGGAAAAGAUCCAUGACUAUACACUUGUGUUCAAUGAAAGUGAGAUAAAUGUUCCAGCCUCAAGCACACAACAUACAAUAUUCAACCUCACGGCAGCAACUCUGUACAAUUUCACUCUCUUCACUGUGUUUGAAACGGUGAAAAGCAGCGGAGUAAACCUCACAGCACCCACUGCUCCUCAGAAUACAGACCACUUUAAAGACACCACACGAAAUGAGACCAGUAUAACUCUGGAGUGGAAAAAAGUGGCUGAUAUCCUCGACUACACACUUGUGUUCAAUGACAUGACCAUAAACAUCACUGCACAAGAGGGAGACAAAACAGUGACAUAUGAUGUGCCAAAUCUUACAAAUGGGAUUCUGUAUAAUUUCACUCUCUUCACUGUGUUUGAAGACAUAAAAAGCAGUGGAAAAAAACUCUCUGCAGCCACUGUUCCUCGUAAUGCAGAGGGCUUCAGUGUGUGUAGCCAGAAUGAGACCAGUAUAACUCUGCAGUGGCAAAAAGUGGAUGAAAUCCUCAACUACGAAAUUGAAUUUGGAGAAAGGAGCAUAAGCAUCGACAGUGCAACAGAGGAAAAUGGAAUCCUGAUGUAUACAAUAUCAGAUCUUGCAAGUGGCACCCUGUACCACUUCACUCUGUUUACCAAGUUUGCGAAUUUCCCCAGCAGUGGAGCAAAAUACGAUGCUGCCACUGUUCCUCCAGUGCUGCCUUCUGUGAAUGUGACAGUGCGUAAAGUGACCAGUAUAGUCCUGGAAUGGGAGAGUGUGCGUGAAGACUGGCAUUACGCCCUCACAAUUAACGGGACAACUGUGCCAGUUUGGCCCAAGGGAUCGUCAAAUGUUGUGUCAUAUCCAGUUAUGUCUCUGGAGCCUGGAACGGAGUAUCCAUUCACUGUGACCACAAUAUUCAUGGAACUGAAUAGCACGGCUUACGAAGGCUUCACAGUAACAACCAUUGACUGUGUCAAUGUGGACUGGCAGAAAACUGACUCAUCAAUUACAGGAAUGGUUCAAGGCUUGGUCUCAAGUGUAACAGCCACUAAUGGAUCGGACGCAUAUACCAGUCCUGGAACUAACAACGUGUCAUUUACCAACCUUUACCCUGGUGCAACCUAUGAAAUGGUUUUUGUGUAUGAAAAAAAUUCUACACCCUAUCCACAAUGUAACCACAGUCUCACAAUCAUUCCACCAAGUUUGAGUGCUGUCUGUAAGGACUGGGCAGCUGGCUACUCCAUUUACAUAGAGUGGAAUGCACCAUAUGGUACGUGGAGUGCUGUGGAGGUGAAUGUGACCGACCAAACACAUACUUAUGCUCAAAAUGGGGAACAACAUGCUGAAAUACCUGGAUUUCAACCAGCCAAAAAGUAUAAGGUGUCGAUAGUUUCACUGUCUGGGACUAACAGAACCGAAAGAAGCAAACCAUUUGUUUUUUACUGUAAAACUGAUGAAAGGGGAGUCAUUGCAGGGUCAGUAAUGGGCGUGCUGCUUUUUGGUGUCCUGAUCUGUGCGAUCGUCAUAAUUAUGUUGAAGAGACCAGACAUGAUAAGCAAAAAGGCGUUCAUCCGUGGUUCUAAGCAACCACUCAAAAAUAGAAAAAGGAAACCUAUUCCUGUGGCCAGCUUCCCAAGCCAUUUUAACCAGUUAGACGCAGAUGAAAAUAGAGGCUUCAGCCAGGAAUAUGAGAACCUUGGUACCGUUGGUACAGAGCAGACACAAAAGGCAGCUAUUCUCCCUGAAAACAAAGCAAAGAACCGUUUUACCAACAUCCUACCAUAUGACUGGUCUCGUGUAAAGCUAACUUCUUCAAAUUCCAACAGCAUUGAUGAUUACAUUAAUGCCAAUUACAUGCCAGGUUACAACUCCAACAGAGAGUACAUCGCCACUCAAGGUCCUUUGCCCUCGACAGUGAACGAUUUCUGGAAGAUGAUCUGGGAGCAAAGAGUGAAAGGCAUCGUCAUGGUAACCAACUGCACGGAGGGAGGAAAGACCAAGUGUGAACAAUACUGGCCUGCAGACAAACAGCCUAUCUUUCAUGGACAACUGACGAUUACUCUCUCAUCUGAGCAGCAGGAAACCAACUGGACACUGAGGGAAUUUAAACUCAAGCAUAGGCAGUCGUCAGAGGAGCGCACAGUGAAACAUUUCCACUUCACUGCCUGGCCUGACCAUGGAGUCCCACAGGGCACAGAGGUGCUGGUCCAGUUCAGAGGACUGGUUCGAAGUCACAUACGGGCAGAGGCUGCAGGGACACCUACUGUGGUUCACUGCAGUGCUGGAGUGGGGAGGACAGGCACAAUCAUAGCCUUGGAUGUGCUUCUGCAGCAGCUGGAAAAAGAAAAGGCAGUGGACAUCAAUGGCUUUGUGUACAAGAUGAGACUCAGUCGCUCACACAUGGUGCAGACAGAGUCCCAGUACAUUUUUCUCCACCAGUGCAUCAUGGACAUUCUGCAGACAAAUGACACAAGUAACGAGAACAUUUACGAAAAUGCAGAUAUGAUAUAUGCCAAUGCUACAGCACUCAGAGAGUUACACUAAAACAGUGUGAGUGCCUUAGCUGAGUCCAUUGUCUAAAGUCAAUGUUUUGUGCACUUAAUUGUAAUAAUUCUAAAAUCUACAAUUUAUAUUUUAUCAUGAACU